AGCCGUGUGCGCUUUGUCCUCCGCAGGCUUCCGUAGGAUUCCUCUGCUGUCAGUGUUCCGCGGUGACAGUCAGACCAACAUCGCCGAGCCACACAACCCAAGCGCUCAACUAUGGAGGAGAUCAGCAACAUUGACGUGGUUCCUUGCACAGACUCCGACUACCUAAAGCCCUUCAGGCUGCACUACAACCAGAAUGGCACAAAAAAGUCCUGGGACUUCAUGCGAACUCAUGACAGUGUAUCUGUGCUGAUCUUCAACACCACCUCCCACUGUUUUGUCCUUGUCAAGCAGUUCCGUCCAGCUGUAUUCAUGUGUGAGUGGGAAAAGACCAAGACGCAGCCAUGUCAAUCUGCUGAAAAGACUGAGGAGGUGGUCGCCGAAGCUGCAGCGUCUAGUUCCGAGAGCCAGGAGGCCCAAGCGCCUACAGCGAAGGAAAGCCUGUCUGCAUGGCCGCCGGCCGCCGCUGGAGUCACCUACGAGCUGUGCGCCGGGCUGGUGGACAAGCCAAAUCUCUCCUUGGAGGAAAUCGCCAGACAGGAAGUACUGGAGGAGUGUGGCUAUGACGUGCCUGCUUCAAAACUCAAGAGGAUUACUUCUUAUCGGUCGGGCGUGGGCGUCACAGGCGCCAAGCAGACCAUGUUUUACGCCGAGGUGUCCGACGACAACUGCGUGAGCGCAGGCGGAGGUGAGCCGCGGGAGGGCGAGCUCAUUGAGGUAGUCAAAGUCCCGUUGCAUGAAGCCAUGACGUUCGCCUACAACGAGCGCAUCCCCAAAACCAUGGGCGUCAUAUUUAGCUUCAUUUGGUUCCAUAACAACAUGUCCCCGAAGUACAAGAUCUCCACCAACGUGUAACCACUAGUAACUUUGAUGUCAAAUCACUGGCCCAGCACACCUACUCGCCUCCUCAUAGCCCCUCACAUUUUUUUUUUGUUUGCCUUUUUCUUCAAUGGCACGUGAUGACAGGUGGACGUCUGCCACUAUUUUGUCGAACUUUUUUUGUGUAUUGUUCCUAAAUGCAGACUGCCUCAGCAGGCUGUCACUCGCACUUUUCUCCCCCGAGUUUUAUGUCAUUUUUCAUGAAAAUGUUUGUUGCCAGGCAUCGAAAAUGGUAUCACAUAUCCCUGGUUUUAAGUAAACGAAUGCUCCACUGCUUAAACUUUUGCGUUGACACAAGCUUCAGCUGCAGACAUCUAUUUUUUGAACUACUGUGUUGAGCCCUAUUUUUCAAAUGCCCAGUUUUGGAAAAAUAUAUAUUUUUUUGAAAUGUGCCCUUUGAAAUCUCUUAUUUAAGAUGCGGUUUUGAAAAAGAAAAAAAAAAAGAAAGCAAACAGCGGAGCAUUCCUUUACACUGCGAGCCAGUAAUGCAAAAACUAUGCUAGUCAAUGGCGGCGGCCUUUGAUCAUGGUGAUGGUUGCACCGUGUUGUUAGCAAUGCCUCAAACCGUUUCCUUGUUCUGCAGACUUUUAAUUGAUACCAACGCAAUACGCACAUUUUUGGAAAUGUAUCAACAUACUUGCAGAUUGUUGCUUAGCACUAUUAGCUUAAGCACAGUUUGUGUGAUUGCGUGAGUACCAAACACGAUGAAAGCCACCCUGAAUGGUAUUGAACUCCUGCUGCACCCAACAAGUAAUAAGAACGUGAACGACUCCGUUCACAUAAAGGUUGGUUUUAAUUCCAUUUCGGUUGCGUCAGUUUUGCUGGAAUGAAGUCUGACUGGAUAAAAAGAAAAAUAGUAAUCUUCAUGUGUUGGCUUACAUUCUAAUCAUAUAAGGCAAUGUUUAGGUAGGACGUUAACUCGUUAACUAUCUAUUGUAAUGCAAAAAAAAUUGCUGCGUCACACACAAACUGGAUCCUACUUUGCUGUUUGCUAAAAGCUCAGGUCCGAUAAUAAAACUCUGGAUGAAUCUCUGGAUGUGUGAGGCUGACCAGCAUUUUAAUAUCAUACUUCAAACUCACCUGCAGCAAAGUCUCCAAUCGUCCUACUAUCUAUGAGUAUUCCUCCUCGUUCGAAUAAAGGGCUGGUACCGCAUCGUAAUGUUCCGCAUGUCAGGUGGAAGAAUUUCCCACCAUAUCUUAAUUUUCCUUUUGGACAAGUAUGCAAAAACGUAUUGUAGAUAACCAAUCUCUUGGUAGGAACCUCUCUUAUGGACCUGAGUGACUGAAAAAAAUGUGUUGAAAUGUUAUUGACUGAACUUUAACACAGAAAUGUGAGCUGUAGACACCAUGUGAAAAAACACGUUAUUUGUUGCAAAAUAAGGUGACAAUCAACAUUUAUACGCGGUCACUUCCUUCACAGAGUAGGUUAGAGUAAUGAUCUCAACAAUGUUAGUGAUAAUCCCAGUUUUUGCAGAAGCAAUAGAAUAGUUCCAGGUGUCCUAGUGCAAUAAUUCGGUACAGUUUGGAUUUCACCCACACAAUUUCUACCAAUAUCAGCGAUACUCUCCUCUGUGUCUUUUCUAGGCAUUCUUUUAUGCAGAGUUGAAUGUUUUUGCAGUAAUUUUUUGAAUUCUGAGGUAGUCAAGCACUCACACUAAUGCAUAUAAAUGUCAUUUCUCAACAUUUGCAGCCCAUAUAGAAUACACAAAUAAGGGCAGGGACGAACUAUUGCCGCUUUCUCACUAUGUAGUACUCGUUUUAACUUGGCUCCAGUUACUUUGGGUGGUUUUUCAAUGUAUUUAUUUUUUCCCAACAUGUGGCUGUUAACUACAGUGAAAAUAUAAUUUGGAAACAAAUAUUGUUAGUUUAUUUUUCAAAUUAUUAUUAUUAUUUUUAAAAACUAAAUUUAUUCAAGAGGAGAUUGAGGGCCACUGCAGCAAAGUAUGAACUGUGGAGUAUGUUACCGUAGCGGACAGAAAUGAGGUAUGGCAACAGGGUACGCUAAUGUUAGUUAGCAUGUGAGCUAAAAAAAAUAUUUCCAAAAAUGAGAAAACAAGCACAUUUUAUUUGUGCAAAAUUGAUAACAUUGUAAUAAUUAUUUUUGGACGAAUAUUUUUGUUCCCAGACAAGUCUAUAAGCCGCAGGUGUACACAUUGAAACAUGAAAUAUUUACACAGGCGUCUACUGUAAAAGUCAUUGAGCGCAGUAUUUGUCCCACGCUGCUGCCUUUUGUGGUCCGUUAGUGGUGGUGGAUUUCCAUUCUUUGUGUUGUUUGUCUGUCUCCUUUUUCGAUAGCCCGGUUGAUCGGCUUAGGAUGUGGGGCCGCGUCUUGUGCAUUUUGUCUUUUCUGCUAAUGAUAACGGUGAGUCCAUAUGGCGCUAAAUGGCUUACUAAAUGAUUGCGUGUGUGGGUUUGAUUUAAUGUGAAGUUUUUUUAAUUGGCCCACCAUGACCCGUUCGGCAAUUUCAUCGAUCUUGAUGCAGUGGUGUUCAAAGUGUGGUUCGGGGGGCCAAAUAUCGCCCCUCACCUUGUUUUUUAUUGGCCCUCAGCAGAUCAUAAGAAGUAAAUAAAUUCAUUAUCAUCAAGAUGUUAUUAGUUAUGCUGUCAAACGAUACAUUUUUAUAAUCAGAUUAAUCACAGUUUUACAUUUGGAUUAAGUACAUGUUUUACCAUUAGUAUAAACUUGCUUAUCAAUUGGCAAAUGAUUCUAUUAACUUAACUCACUAAUGCAAUUUUGUUGUUAGAAUUGAUAGAAGGUAAAAGAGCACAUUUAUUUUCCGUGUUUAUUGCAAUAUAUUUUAGAAUUAAUUACACAUGUAUUGACGCAUAUUGGGUCGCUUUAAGCAUCUUUAAUCUACAAAAUGUAUCACAGUGGCCCCCACGUCCUUCAAUUUUGCUUUCCGCAGGCCUUGCCGGAAAAGGUUUGAGUGGUCUGAUGUGACGAGGCUAAAUUUAUUGGUGGCAUGUGAAGCGUGUGAACCCGGAAAAUCUAUAAAUUAGCCGGAGCGUUGUAUAAAACUAAGUGUUCAAAGGGUGGGAAAGAAGUAGCUGCUUUCCGUCCGGAAAUUACAGUAUUUUUGUUACUUCUAUUCAAAAACUGCUCAACCAAUGAGCAACCAGCAGUAGUUUACACCGCCCGCAUGGACCGGGUACUAGAAAUAACAAUUUUUUUCUACAAAUAGAAACACUAAGGUGAGCCAAGUCGGUACUGUGCAGUAAAAAAGGGCUGUCUUUAAAAGCCUCCAAUCAGAUUUCUUUGAUGUCAUCCCUUUGCUGCUCACAGCCCACAGGGGCCUACUUUAAAUAGUAUCCGGGGACUGCCAUAGAGCAUUGUUAUGAUAUGCUGUGAUGUACAAUAUUAAUCCUUAUAAUCCGCAGUUAGGUUUUAUCUGGCAUUUCAUCACCAAAUUCUUGCAAUUUCAAAAGGAGUUGCACUUUCUAAGGCAGCGACACUUUAUACGUUUUUUUUUUUUUUGGUGAGACAGGUUUUUAAUUUUCAUUUACAUUUUACCACAAGACUGUCCGAUCCUGUGCAAACUUGUCAAAAUGUGAUCCAUGUUUGGAAAUGUUAAAGAGAUACUGCACUUUGCCCAUGAGUCAAAAUUCUUAUGUAAGACAAGAAAAUGUAUGUUUUUAUAUUUUUAUGCAUUCUAUAUCGUAAAUAAAUGUUAAUAAAAGUCAGCUAACAAUGGAGUCAAUGGGAGCUCCUCUACUCUGCCCGCGAAGCCCUCUGAAAAACCAUCUAAAAACCGCCAACAAUGCCUAUUUAAAUAUCGUGAUCUGAAUAUUAACUAAGUAUCAGCAAUAUUGCUAUUGUAAGACGAUCUAUUUUUAGCGGCGCAUUGAUCACGAAGAGCUAACUAGCCUAUGCUGCUGUAUUGAAACGUUGACCUGGUGUCCGGCUGCUGCUUCAUCUUCUGGUUUGGUAAAAGCUAAUUCUAGAUUACAAAUCACCUGGAGAGUAGCAUGUUGUUACCAUAGGCCAAGAAGUGGCCAUCUUUGACAUUCAACUUAUACCCGAAGAUGGCAGGAAAGACACAAAAAGACGCUUGUUUGGGGCAACUUUUUUCACAAGGACGAUUAAAUCUUCAUCUAAACGGGAAGAUAUAAAAAUCCCAUCAGUGGUCAUCCCAGUGAAAGCAGACAUUGUGCAGUAAGUAAUUGUUUUAGUAUGUUCAUAGUUUAUAUUUCUUGUUUACCACUUAGCAAUACUGCUACACGAUGCUUCGUGUUUCACUUAAUAUUGGAUCUGUUAAGCACACAGCUCAUCGUCCGUAUAAUCAGGCUCAAAAAUAUAAGGUUCUGAUCAUAAUUUGUCCAAAAGUAUUCUUUGUUGUUUCUCACAAAGUCUGCCGUGAGUAGUAGAUUUGCUGUUGUUAAAGGGAAAUGUAAACGUGAAAUUAAUACGCCACUGUAUGCUUAAAAUGAGCAAAAUAAGUAAAUGUUACUGUAAAUUCCGGACUGUAAGCUGCUACUUUCUUCCUAGAUUUUGAACCCUGCGGCCUAUAAAACGGAGCGGCUAUUUUUUUCCGCUAAUGCCCAUAAGGUUUUGUCAUCAAUAGUUUGCAUUAAACUGAAAUGGUGUGUUAUUGUCUAUGCCUCGGCACCAACUUUUGGGCGAGUUUGCUCACUGCAGAUAUUGCGGGUUGAAAAUGUACUUCCUGUUUUGAUGGGAUAAACCAGAAAUAAGCGUCCGUCGCGUUUUGCUAUAAAGAAUUCUUCAUUCAUCACUCCAAGCAACCUUUGUAGGUUUCACAGUUUAACUAAAAAUGUCUUACUUACUGAACCGUCCCAUGUGUGACGCCUGUAGGAGUGUUUUCAUGCAUGUUUUUAUGUGCUAUGGUAAUGUAAUCAAGCUUGCGUUGUUAACAUUAGCUAAUAUGUUAACAUGUUUACCGGUGUCUGUGUUAGUGUUAAUCACUUACUUUUUGGUGUUGUUUCAAUUUCACAAAUUCCUCAUUACAUUCGCCAAAACGUCACCGUGGGGUUAUUGAGUCUGUUUAGCUGAUUGGAGAGCUAGCUUCCGCAGCUUGUGGGUCCAAUACGAUGACUUCUGUUUUGUUUGAUCAUACGUUUUACUGCCGUGUUACAGGAAACAAUUAAGAUAUGUAAAUAAACAUUUACAAAAUAUUCCUGUGUAAAUAACUUAUGUAACAACGUAUGUAUGUGCGACUUAUAGUCGGGUGCGGCUAAUACAUGGGGAAAAAAAUUUCUUCUAGAAUUUUGUGGUUGCGCCUUAUCCUGGUGCGCUGUAAAGUCCGGAAAGUACGGCAUUUGUUAUUAUUAGAGAUGUCCGAUAAAAUUGGACUGCCAAUAUUAUUGACCGAUAAAUGGUUGAAAAUGUAAUAUCGGAAAUUAUUGGUAUCGGUUUCAAAAGUUAAUAUUUAUGACUUUUUAAAACGCCCCUGUGUAGACGGACGUAGGGAGAAGUAUAGAGCACCAAUAAACUUUAAAGGCACUGGCUUUGCGUGCCCAGUCACAUAAUAUCUACAACUUUUAUCUAGAACUGAAUGCAAGGCAUACUUGGUCUACAGCCAUACAGGUCACACUGAGAAUGUCCGUAUAAACAACUUUAACACUGUUACAAAUAUGUGCCACACUGUGAACCCACGCCAAACAACAAUGAAAACCACAUUUUGAGAGAACAUCCGCACCGUAACACAACAUAAACACAACAGAACAAAUACCCAGAAUCCAUUGCAGCACUAACUCUUCCGGGACGCUACAAGAUACACACCCCGCCCACCUCAACCUCCUCAUACCCCCUCAGGGAGAGCAUGACCCAAAUUCCAAGCUGCUCUUUUGAGGCAUGUUUAAAAAAAAUAAUGUACUUUGUGACUUCAAUAAUAAAUAUGGCAGUGCCAUGUUGGCAUUUUUUUCCAUAACUUGAGUUGAUUUAUUGUGGGAAACCUUGUUACAUUGUUUAAUGCAUCCAGCGGGGCAUCACAACAAAAUUAGAAAUACUUAUGUGUUAAUUCCACGACUGUAUAUAUCGGUAUCGGUAAUUAAGAGUUGGACAAUAUCGGAUAUCGGCAAAAAAGCCAUUAUCGGACAUCUCUAGUUUUUCUGCAUGUGUCAGUUACUGCAUUACAUAUAUAUGUACAGUCUGUAUAUAAAACGUUGAUGGAGCUUUUUCAAAAUGCUUUAUAGGCGGAAUAAAGCGACUCCAAUUGGUUCCAUUGUUAGCUGACUUGCAAACAAUUUUUUACGAUUUAGAAGGGAUUAAAAAAAAAGUAAAACAUUCCGUGUGUUCUUGUCUGGCAUAGGAAUUUUGAAAAUAGGCAAAAUAGAAAAAAAUAAAGUGCAUUCCUCCUUUAAGAGACAUCACACCUGCACAAUAUCUGCAUCUUUGCAAUUGAUUUCCAAGCCAUUUUUUUCCAGUCGGAAGUGACGUUUGCCACUAAAAAAGCCAUAUGCUCGCUCUCUUUUAACGCUGGCGAGGUAUGCAGCUGGUGGUUUUCAAAUUCCUCCUUGCCUGCGGUAACGAUAGGACCAUGAGCUCAACGUUAAAGACACUUCUACCUCCAUCACUCAGGCACACAACCCAACUAUUUUGUGCCUGUUUGCUGUCUAACACGGCGCUGACAUAUCCGACUCUCAGCAUCGCAUCAGAAAACGAUUUCUUUCAGCAGAUUUCAGUGUUAUAUCUUAUUCCCCAUGACUAUGCUGUAGUUGCUUAUUUAACUGUGACUGUUUAUUUUAUAUCUCUGCACUUUUUUUUUCAUUUUUUUUUUUUUUCAUGUCGCUGCGAUUUCUUUGAUAAAGGUGCUAAAUGUGUCCUAUUUAGUAAGACAGGUGGAGUACUGUUAAAUUAGGAGUUGAUAUGCGGACGUCGCAGUUCAUAUAUUAACUGUUUGUCUCACUUUCUUCAUCAGGCACCACAGCUUUAUUCAUUUACCUUUUUCCGGGUUCUUUUUAGCAGACUGGUAGCUGGAUUUAGACAAUCUACAGGAAAGUAAUCCGCUAUAAAACUCUUCAUAUUGACAAGAUAUGUACUGGAAAUACAAGGUAUUUACAUUUUUCUUUAUCACAAAGUCUUCAGUCAUGUUUUUAUUGUCUGACUUUCUUUCUUAAAAAAAAAAAAAAUAGACACAAAUACGUGUUUUACGCUUUAUUAAGAGUGUUGGAUCUCUCUGCCCGUUGUUUUUCGGUAUUGUUCCAAUUCAGUUCAUUCUACUGACUCAGUGUUAAUAUAGGGUAAUUUUAAAAACAUGACUCUUGGUACAAACAAAAUAAGAUACUUUGCAUGUGCACUAACUGUGGUGGAUUAAGCUGAAAUAAAAUGGGUGCAAUACCCAGAAAUCAUUUUGA